CCGCGGCGGGCGGGGCGCGUCUUCCGGCGUGCAUACGUCACGGCGCCGGGGCGGAAGAUGGAAGAGCUACGGGCGGGUGGUUGCUAAGCAGACCCGGACGGAGCGGGACCCCUAGCCGGCGACUCCGGCUGCCGGGGGGCACUGUGCGGCAGCCGCAAUGUCGUUGCUGCAGUCGGCGCUCGACUUCCUGGCCGGCCCAGGCUCCUUGGGCAGUGCUGCCGGCCGCGACCAGAGUGACUUCGUGGGGCAGACGGUGGAACUGGGCGAGCUGCGGCUGCGGGUGCGGCGGGUCCUGGCCGAGGGAGGGUUUGCAUUUGUGUAUGAAGCUCAAGAUCUGGGAAGUGGCAGAGAAUAUGCAUUAAAGCGGUUAUUGUCCAAUGAAGAGGAAAAGAACAGAGCCAUCAUUCAAGAAGUUUGUUUCAUGAAAAAGCUUUCCGGCCACCCCAAUAUUGUCCAGUUUUGUUCUGCAGCAUCAAUAGGAAAAGAAGAGUCGGACACAGGGCAAGCUGAGUUCCUCCUGCUCACAGAGCUCUGCAAAGGGCAGCUGGUGGAAUUUUUAAAGAAAAGUGAAUCUAAAGGUCCUCUGUCGUGUGAUACGGUUCUGAAGAUAUUUUAUCAGACGUGCAGAGCAGUGCAGCACAUGCACAAACAAAAGCCGCCCAUCAUUCAUAGAGAUCUCAAGGUUGAAAACUUGUUGCUUAGUAACCAAGGGACCAUCAAGCUGUGUGACUUUGGCAGUGCCACGACCAUCUCACAUUACCCCGACUACAGCUGGAGCGCCCAGAAGCGAGCCAUGGUAGAGGAAGAGAUCACGAGGAACACAACACCCAUGUAUAGGACGCCAGAGAUCAUAGACUUGUAUUCAAACUUCCCAAUCGGCGAGAAGCAGGAUAUCUGGGCCCUGGGCUGCAUCUUGUACCUGCUGUGCUUCCAGCACCAUCCUUUUGAGGAUGGAGCAAAACUUCGAAUAGUCAAUGGGAAGUAUGCGAUUCCUCUGAGCGACACUCGGUACACUGUCUUCCAUGACCUCAUCCGCGCCAUGCUGAAGGUCAACCCAGAGGAGCGGCUGUCCAUUGCCGAGGUGGUGCACCAGCUGCAGGAGAUCGCGGCCGCCAGGAAUGUGAACCCCAAGUCACCCAUCACAGAGCUCCUGGAGCAGAAUGGAAGCCAUGGGAAUGCCGUGCUGUCCCGAGGGCCACCCCUGCCUGGAGGCCCUGCCAGCAGCAGCUACAGUGGAGGCCUGGCUCUGACGGAGUAUGACCAGCCCUAUGGCGGGUUCCUUGACAUUUUGCGGGGCGGCACAGAACGACUCUUCACCAACAUCAAGGACACGUCCUCCAAGGUCAUACAAUCCGUUGCUAAUUAUGCCAAGGGUGAUCUGGACAUAUCCUACAUCACAUCCAGAAUUGCUGUGAUGUCGUUCCCAGCAGAAGGUGUGGAGUCGGCAAUCAAAAAUAACAUAGAAGACGUGCGGUUGUUUCUAGACUCCAAGCAUCCAGGACACUAUGCUGUCUACAACCUGUCCCCGAGGACGUAUCGGCAGUCUAAGUUUCACAACCGAGUCUCUGAGUGCGGCUGGGCAGCCAGACGGGCACCAAACCUCCGCAACCUGUACGACAUUUGCAGGAACAUGCACUCCUGGCUCAGGCAGGACCACAAAAACGUCUGCGUUGUGCACUGCGUGGACGGGAGAGCCGCCUCAGCCGUGGCUGUCUGCUCCUUCCUGUGCUUUUGCCGGCUCUUCAGCACUGCGGAGGCUGCUGUGUACAUGUUCAGUAUGAAGCGCUGUCCACCGGGUAUUUGGCCAUCCCACAAAAGGUACAUUGAGUAUAUCUGUGACAUGGUGGCGGAGGAGCCCAUCACGCCCCACAGCAAGCCCAUCCUGCUGAAGGCCGUCGCCAUGACGCCGGUGCCGCUGUUCAGCAAGCAGAGGAGCGGCUGCAGGCCCUUCUGUGAGGUCUACGUGGGGGGCGAGCGCGUGGCCAGCACGUCCCAGGAGUAUGACAAGAUGAGGGAAUUUAAAAUUGAGGAUGGCAGAGCGGUCAUUCCCCUGGGCACAACAGUACAAGGAGAUGUGCUCAUUAUAAUUUAUCAUGCAAGGUCCACCCUGGGAGGAAGGCUACAGGCCAAGAUGGCCUCCAUGAAGAUGUUCCAGAUUCAGUUCCACACCGGGUUCGUGCCUCGGAAUGCAACCACUGUGAAAUUUGCAAAGUAUGACCUGGACGCUUGUGACAUUCAAGAGAAAUACCCGGACUUGUUCCAAGUGAACUUGGAAGUAGAGGUGGAGCCCAGGGACAGGCCGAGCCGGGAGGCCCCGCCAUGGGAGAACGCAAAUAUGAGGGGGCUGAACCCCAAAAUCCUGUUUUCCAGCCGAGAGGAGCAGCAAGACAUUCUGUCUAAAUUUGGGAAGCCGGAGCUCCCCCGGCAGCCCGGCUCCACGGCUCAGUAUGACGCUGAGGAGGGAUCCCCAGAAGCGGAGCCCACUGAGUCAGACUCGCCACCGAGCAGCAGCACAGACACCAGCCAUUUCCUCCACACGCUGGAUUGGCAGGAGGAGAAGGAAUCUGAGACUGGUGUAGGAAACGCCUCUCCCAAGGAGAAUCAGUCUGUCCUGAUGGAGGACAGAGAUGAGGGUGCAGCGUCAGAAGAGGAGGAGUCACUGUGCUCGAGUGAGAGCAGGGCGCCCAGGAUCGAGGGCGAUGGGCCGGGCCAGCAGGACUUGAUCUUUGAUGUGGGGACAGCGGCCACACCACCGGAGCCCGAGCUGCCAGAACCCGAGCUGCAGGAAGACAGCGUUGACCUCCUGGGGCUGCACUCCGAGGCGGGCCAGGGGCCGGCUCCCCCGGUGCAGGCCUGCAGGGCCCCCUCCAGCAACACCGACCUCCUCAGCCGCCUCCUUGGGCCCCCUGAGGCUGUUCCAGAAGGGUCCCCGGAUGACCUGCUCCUGGCCAGCCCACCCCCUGCCCCUGCUGACCCAUUUGACCCCUUGCUGCUGCCUUCUGAUUCCGACACCCAGCCCUGCUCCAAACCUGAUCUCUUUGGAGAGUUUCUCAAUGGCGAGUUCCUCAAUUCGGACUCUGCAGCCACCCCGCCUGCCUUCCCAUCCACCCACAGCGCUCCACCCCCAUCCUGCAGUGCCGACUUCCUGCACCUGGGGGAUCUGCCAGUGGAGCCUGGUAAGAUGACAGCCUCAUCCAGCCACCCGGAUCUGCUGGGAGGAUGGGGUACCUGGGCUGAGGCUACCACACCUGGGCCAGCCCCCACACCAGCCGCUGAAGGCCCCCUCUUGUCUUCUGGAGGUCAGGCAGCCGCUUCCGGCCCUCAGGCCAGCCGGAUCAAGUCUCAAGUCCAGAGCCUGGACCCAUUUGCUGACCUUGGUGACCUCAGCUCUGGCCUCCAAGGUAACCUGAAGGGCUCGUCCGCUGGAUUCCGUCCUGGGAAUGGGGGCUUCGUUCCCACAACGGCCCCCACCCCCAAGGGCAGCAGCUCCUGGCAGACAAGUCGGCCGCUGACCCAGGGCACUUCCUGGUCCCCCCAGGCCAAGCCACCCCCCAAAGCCUGUGCACAGCCAAGGCCUAACUAUGCGGCAAGCUUCAGUGUGAUCGGGGGGCGAGAGGAAAGGGGCGUCCGUGCACCCAGCUUUGCUCAAAAGCCGAAAGUCUCAGAGAAUGAUUUUGAGGAUCUAUUGUCCAAUCAAGGCUUCUCCACCAGGCCUGACAAGAAGGGGCCAAAGACCAUUGCAGAGAUGAGGAAACAGGACCUUGCCAGGGACACGGACCCGCUCAAGCUGAAGAUCCUGGACUGGAUCGAAGGCAAGGAAAGGAACAUCCGCGCCCUGCUGUCCACACUGCACACGGUGCUGUGGGAUGGGGAGAGCCGCUGGACACCCGUGGGCAUGGCUGACCUCGUGACCCCGGGGCAGGUGAAGAAGCAUUACCGCCGCGCGGUUCUGGUUGUGCACCCUGACAAGGCCGCGGGGCAGCCAUACGAGCAGUACGCCAAGAUGAUCUUCAUGGAGCUCAGCGACGCCUGGUCCGAGUUUGAGAACCAGGGCUCCCGGCCCCUCUUCUGAGGCCCGCAAGGUUCUGGCUGUGUGUACACCUGUGGAGCCCGUUGCUGGGAUGUUGGAUCCUGACCCUGUGGGCCCCGUGGCCUGAGGCAGAUGUGGCACGUGAGAGGCUCUGAGCCCCCAGAUUGCUGCCAUUCCUGCCGCCCUCCUGCUGUCCUGCCGUGGUGCAAGAAGAGAAAGCAUUCCAAAGCCUCUGAUUUUUUUUGUUUUCUUUGUUUUUGUUUUUGUUUUUUUUUGUCCCAAAGGAAAAGUGAUUCUGCUUCUCCCACAGUUGUCACCGUUUGUGAUUUGUUUUGGUGUUCAGUGGCUGUCCCCUUUCGAGAGCACCACUCUUGAUGAACUACGCCGCUGCCAUGUCGCUGAAUCUGAAGGUGUGUGUUCACGUCGCACUUUGUAAUCAGUCUAGUGAUUGUCUGUACAUAAUUAAACUGUUUUCUGAUGA